CAGACAGCAGUAGUAGCAGGCAACGUACGCCAGACGCAGCAGCUCGGCACCGCUUUGCUCUGUUCACCAUUGUUUGAAAUGUCUACCAGCACGCGGAUAUUAGCCUUUCUGUCCAUGGUGGUGAUGUUGGUGCCGCUGGCGGAUGCUUUUUCCUUGGGCUCUUCGGCGGGGUGGCAAACGCAGGCAGUUGUGAGACCAGCCACCAGAUCUACGAAAUCUACGACGACGAUGAUGAUGGCGAAAAAGAACCGGAGAGAACGACGAUACGCCGAGGCGAAGAAGAAGAAGUCCUCGGGUUCCAAGCAACAACCCUCGGGGGCUACGUCUAGCGCAAAGUGGCUCCAGGUUCUCGACAACACGUCCGAGUUGGAGCCCGGCAGUGUGAAGGUUGUGUCAGGAAAAUACAAGGGCGAGGACAGGGUGUUUACCCUUGCCGCCUAUGGCGGGACAUACUACGCGGUCAGCGAAGCCUGCGGCCGCUGCAAGUUUCCGUUGAUCAACGGCAAGGUGAAGCUGUUGACGGGGGGGGGCAAGGCGGAGGACCUUAAGCCGGGGGUGGAGCAGGACCCAGAGGCGGAAAUUGCAAUCGCCUGCCCCUUGUGCGGAGCGAUGUUCAACUUGAGAACAGGCGAGAUCGCCGGCGAGCAGCCCAAGGGCCUGGCGCAGGUGCUAGUGUCCAAGGUCGUAUCCCAGACCCCGGCAGAGAGCAUCACCACGCACCAAGCGCAAGUCUUGUCAACGGGAGCUGUCGUCGUUCGCGUGGACUAACUUACACUCGUGUUCGGGGUGUUUUAUUUCACCUUGGCCACCCGAAACACGCCGACCACCAACCACCUUGGCCACCGAAAAGGCGGUGCUUUGCUCCAGGGCGGACAACUAUAACACAUGUUUUACUAGGGGCAAUGGCCUACCAAGGACAGGACUCAGAGCGUUUGGCCAUGACCGACCAAUUAUGGAAGGGUCUGCCGAGGGAGAGACGGCGGAACAACAACGAUGUAGACGUAGCUCCUCCUUCAUGGGUGUAAAUUGUCCGCCUGAAAACUUCGAGGGCGGCAAUGUUCAGCUUCGGCACGUUUGUGACGAUGCGUUGAGGAGGAUUGAAUCACAGGAGGAGUGUUACGAUAGAAGAGUGGAGAGAGGGAUUCUUGUGAAGAGGUUUUUCUUCUCAGGAGUCCCACACCAAAUUUUCCCCGAUAGUUUCGGAGCGGGUGUUCCCAUGAGAAACCAUGUAUGCACAUUGAAGAGCCGCUUUUCUGUUGUUGUUGUUUGCUCUGGCUCUGUUCCCUUCCUUCGCCAGGGCGGCUUGUCGUAGCCCGUGGUCCUCUUUUCUGUUUUCCUCUGUUUUAGCGGACAGAGCAUGUGGCACUGCAUUCUUGCGCAUCUACGCGCCGAUCCCUCGGGGAUUGAAUGCGUAGUAGAGCCCACCAUCAAGUUGAGAUAGAUUCGUGUAGAGUAUCAAUACUGCGCAUUCAGAGUGCCGAUAGGUCCAAGCUCGCGUUGUACCGUUUGUUGUGCUACUUCUGUUACAGUGUCGUCGUCUGGAGUACGCCUAGACGUGCGCGUGCUUCCCAACAAAGAGGCCAGGUAUUUUAUUUUACUAAAUGGUAACAGCACCAUCAUUUUUUUUGUUUCCCUUGUGAGAGCGUUCAGGUUUCUCGGGUCCCCGACAGAACAGACACGGCAUCUUCUAAUUAUAUGCAGCCCUCGGUGUGUUCAGGGGUGCCCGUCCCGUU